AUGGCACCAUCUCGAUUCUUUUCCAUCUUCCGUCAGCCUUAUAGGGUAUCGAACCAAGAGAAGCAGUCACCUUCACGGUAUCACGGUUUGCCUUGGAUCGCUAGUCCAGUCAGCCAAGCAGAAGACGGUUUCCAUUUCUACCGCCAUUCCGAUGCAACGCCCAUGGAGCUCUUCUUUGACCUGUUUUUCGUGGCCAAUCUCUCAACAUUCACUGCUACCCAUCAAAUCAAUAAUGUCCAUGCUUUAUGUGCAUACAUAGAAUUCCUUGGUGUUAUUUGGUUCACUUGGCUACAAGUCACUUUAUUCGAUGUCCGUUUUGCUCGAGACUCUGUAUUUGAGCGGGGAUGCAAAGCCAUUCAGCUCGGGGCGAUGGUUGGCUUUGCAUCAGCGGGAUCGAGGUUCAGCACGACAGUUCGGGAAGAAAAUGCCUGGGCAUUUCAGUCUCUCACGUUGAUUUUAGCUGGGAGUCGUGCACUGUUAGCCAUCCAGUACACGGUCAACGUCAGCUUCCUCCGUCACUCUAUGAGACCAGCUGCCAGGGGUGUCGCUUACACCGCACUUGUAUUCUGGGCGGCAACACUCUUCUAUGUUGCGAUGUACUUUGCCUUCUCCGGAAGGAAUGGGCUUCGUGCUCGUGUCUGGUCCGUUUGGUUUGUUCUUUUCGGCGUUGAAAUGUGGACGGUUACGUGGCUCUCCUUGGCGUACCCUGAUAUCGGCUUCAAAGAUACCCACCUCAAUACACGAAUGGGCCUACUCACGCUGAUCAUCAUCGGGGAGGGUGUUAUUGCGAUCACCCGGAUUGUCAACAAGACGGUACGACCCGGUGGAUGGACCAAGUGGUCGUUUGUUCACAUUUUGGGAGUAACGACCAAUGUGUACCUUAUCUGGCAGGGUUACUUCGACAUCUCGCCCCGUCAUCAACUUGGGAAGGUCAAGCAGCAAUUAUGGGCACAGUUACACUUUCCGUUUCAUGUGGUGCUCAUUCUACUUCUUGAAGGGUCACAGAUUCUGGCACUUACGCUAGAUGUGACCUUGAAGCUGAGGUAUCUGGGAGAGACGCUUCUAUUUGUAUGCGAAAAGCCACGUCCCAGCACAGCCAGAGCGGUGGCGCUUAUUCGAAGUACGAUCGACGAUAUGGAAAUCCCGUUCAGCCGGGGAGCUACACAAGAAUGGGCCGCGAUCUCCAGUCUCUUGGAAGCUCUGGCCGUACAACCACUGUGCCCCGAUCGUGAAACCUUUGACUAUGAAUACACGGCGGACCUGUUCAACGAUCUCACUGGCAACGUAACGGCGGCACUUUUCUCAAGCAUGGAGAUCUUACCCAGCAAAAAGGUCGACAUCAGUCUCCUCACUAACCAACAGUUGCUUGAGAUGUACAUGAAACUUCUAGCCUUCGUGUAUAUUUAUUUUUUCGUGGUUGCCAGCGUUUCCAUGGGCCUCCUUGCCGCCUUUCAGGUGCUGUCUCGUCGACAUGAAAUCCAUUUUCAUCGGAAUGUUUCAAUGACUGUGCGCACGAUUCUCGCAAUAUCCCUGGCCAGCCUUGUCUCAUUCGCCAGCUACUUCCCAUUAGCUUACUCGUUCAUGACCUCGCCCAUUAUCCUGUACGCAUUCACUUUGACACUUUUAUGCGGUAAGUUCUCCUUCCCCGCGUCUGUUUCUGAUCAUUGA